GAAAUGACCUCAAAGCGCUCUCAGCUGAAAACUAUUACUUGGAUGAAUAGAACUUGUCAUUUUCUUCUGACUUUCAAUCUGUUACCUUCUAAAGAGUAAACUCGACCUCUGUUCUUGUUCAAAUGGAAAAGGAAAACAUGGACUCAAACAAACAAAGUUACUGUCCAUAAUAACAAAAUGUCCUAUAGGCACUUGAUUAACUCUCCUAUCCCAAAAUUAAUGUGCUGAUUGACGUAACAUGCUCAAAAUUCCUGAAACAAUGUCAAUAAAGAAAUUUAACUUGCCAGAUUUUUCAUAUGGGGAUGAAAUUGAUUAUUAUGCUGUAUCACCAACAAUAUUGCAGUUAGAUCACCAAGAAAUCGUUGAGACAGACCAUUCAUCUGGCAAUCGUUUAUUGAAUGGUGAUUCAGUAACUGAGACAGCUACUACUAAUUCAAAUCUCGAUUUAGGAUUAAAUAAAGAAGCUGAUUAUCUAUUCUCAUUUGAAUUAGACACUAAUACACUUCCGUUAGAAUUAUUGAAUAAAGAUUUAGAUACUCCAGAUUUUAAUUGGACAGAUUUAUUACCCGACUCCAAUGAAUUAGUAUCUCUGGACGAUAUUAAUCCUGGUAAUUUUUCAAAAUCUAAACAAAUUAAAAAUGAGAAAGUGAAGUUUACCAAUUGUCAAAGAAAAUCUUUGAUGAAUCAUUUUAAUCCAAUACCAAAGUUUUCAUAUCAAGAGAAAACUAUUCAACAACAAGAACUUUUAUAUUCAUCAUCAUCAGCUCAUAGUUCUUCAAGUUCUGUCAAUAACCAUCAUAAUUGUCAUCAAUUGUUGAAUUCAAUGGAAAUUAAUAAUGAGUGUGAUAUGAAUGAUUCUUAUAAAACUAAUAAAAUAAUUUGUCUAAAUAAUGAAGAUUUACUAAAUGGUAAACCUGGAGAAUGCGUUAAAUUAACUUCAGAAGAAUAUAAAAUGCUCCAAAGAAUCGGUUGUCAACUACCUAUCAAAUUUCCAUUAAGUCAAACUAAUGAAAAAGCAAUACGUACUGUCAGACGAAAAAUUCGUAAUAAACUUUCUGCUCAAGCUAGUCGUGCCAAACGUCAAAGGUAUGUAAUUGACUUGGAACGUCGGUAUUCUAUGUGUACUGAAGAAAUCAAACAAUUACGUCGACAAGUAUAUGAAUUGGAGGAAGAUAAACGGAGUCUUACAAUACAUCUACGCAAAUUACGGUCUUAUAUCAAUAAAUUCAUGAAUAAACGAAGUGAAAAGUCCUAUUUACCACUAUUCAUAAACUCCAACAAUACUGAAUUUAAUCAUAAUAAUAAUAAUAAUAAGGUGACUGCUAAACAAGCCGCUAAAGCGGCAGCCGGUGGGACUAGUCUCUUGUUAAUGACGUUUAUGAUAUUGAUGUGGACUGCUGUAGUUCCAAUACCGUCGGUCAUAAAAACGUUAGAUACUGCAUCAUCGAUGUCUACAAGAAAUUUUUUCAGUUCAUUUCCAGGUCGGUCUCGAAUGUUGAUGAGUAUUAACAACCCUCCAGAAUUGUAUUCUUCCUCCUCCUCGUCUUCUCAAGACCUAAUUCUUAAUGAAUCAAAAACAACUUUAUCCAAUCCGGAUAUUACACCUGAGAAUACAAUUCAAUAUAUUGUUCCGAUUAGUAAGUUUAUUACACCAGUGGUAAGUGAUUUUUUAUUCGUGUUUAUUAUGUUUUGUUUCUUUUUUUUACGAGAAAAUCAUGAGUUUAAUGUUUAAUGCUACCUAAGAAUUUGUCUUCGUCGUCUCUAUUGUUUUGAAGUUAUUCAAUCAUUGCGAUAGUUAAACCUGAUUGUUGUAUACUACACUGUAUACAACUAUGAAGUGGCGUAGAACCGUGAUGAGGGAAAAAAUAUGGAUAGCUUUUUCUACCGGUGUUUCCGAAGUUUUUAAUGUAUCUAUGUAGCUGUUGUGUCUUGUUAUUGAGGUUCAGUACGGCCUAUGAUGUUAUGGAUUUAGGAACAAAAACGAUUGAGUUCCUCUAAUACGAUUGGUUCUCUUUGGAACUAACAACAAUCAAUUAUACUCAACACAUCAAACCUCGACGGCUAAGACAGGAAGAAGACGAUAUGCAGGUAACUUAACAUUUGUGGUAGAACAAGCAACUCAAACAAAAUUGGUACAAAAGUUGUUACUAUAUUAGCAGAAUAUGACCUUCGAGUAUGUAGCAGCUUAUCGAACUAAAAAAACAUGGCAACCAGUUAGAGGGCAAAGGUCAUACGGAAAAUCGAGUGGGCAGAAAUUAUCGUUCCACAACAGAUCUUAGCCUUUCUAAGAAAAUCUGACUAUUCGUGCAACCGCCUUAGCAGUAGCGUAAGAAUCACAUAGCUAACGUUUUCAUUAAGCGAUAAAUUUUAAGAUCAUCCGUUAAUUUUUUAAAUCGUUUAUGAACUGCACAAUGAUUCAGAACUUUAAUCAAUUUGGAAAUAAUGGCCAUCAUCAUAAAAUAAUAUUCUAUGCACAUUUCAAUGUGAUUGGCUUAUAUUCAUGUAUCGUUUAUACAUAUUAAGUAGUUUAGUUUGUUAUGUAUUUUAUGUAAGACUAUUUGCUUUUAACUGUUUUGCAUUAAUUAUCAAGCAAUUAAGUUUAAGUCUGGCCUAUUCUAUCUUAAAUAUUCUACAAUCUAAAUGAUUAUUACUUUCUUCAUCAUUUUCAAACUAGUUAUUGUUAAUUUUCACACUUACUUAUACUGUUUAUUACAGUGUUAGCAACUCUUGAAUCGAUUUUCCAUAUUUGUGCCAAUUUUUAAAGCAAAAUGUACUCUGCGUUCUAGUGUCAGAAAAUUAGUGCAUGUGAUUUAUUAAAGUCAGUAUACUAAUGUUUGCUGGUGUGUGAGUAAGCUGGAAAAAAACUAGAGGAGAGAAAAACAAAACAUAAGAUCAAUCCAGGAACUCAUUGAUUGUUGAACUAACCCUUGUCGAUAGGUACAGACUAUGCUUUAUUGAGGUCCACUCGAUUAUCAUAACCACUAAUUGAAGAUGUUUGAUUGUGGUGGCAUGUCUCAAAACUAAUCUGAACGGUUCAGAUGUAUUCACUCUUUAUCUUUCCUUACAUCUUGAGUUUCAAAAUUAUCUUAUACUUGAUAUUCAUCAAAUUAGUUUUUGCUUCAAGAUCCAUAUUCUCUAUGCCUUAUGUUUUCAUCCUUUACUAUCACUAAUUCUGUUAGCAGUUCUACUAUCCUGAUGCGUUUGUCUUGAUAAUUUCAUUAUACUGUGUUGAUGUAGUAUGAACAAGUUGAACCGAUCCGAAUAUUUAUCAGAUUCUAUGUUGUUUAUGACCUACUAACUAAUAUAAAUCACUUCAUAUUCAUUAAAUAAUGUUUCAUUUUAUUUAUUUUCAUUUGAAAGAUUACUGAACAAUAAUGAAUAAUCUAUCAGAAAUUAAUUUACAUUUAUAACUAAUAUUUUUACACCACAAUUAUCCAUAUACAGUGCCCAAACCAAACACAGAAUCAAUAUUCUCUAAACAGUAAAUUUGACGUUAAUAAUAAAUAAUUCCAAAGAGAGAGAGAAAAAAAGAGGAAAACAGUUGAAUAGAAUGAAGCAAUCAAUGAUGCUUUC